UUUACCACCCCACUGCAUGUUUGAGAUAGGUUAUCUUGCUUGCUAGUUCCUUAUUAUGAUCAAUCGGUUUUGGGUCACCUGUCAGCAUGAAAACAAAGACUGCACAAUUGAGCAACCAGUUUUUCGCUUGACACAUUCACUGGCGCGUUUCGCUAAAGCUGCGGCUUCGUUACUUCGAGAAGUAGUAACAAGCGGUGUUUUUCGACAUGGAUUUUCGAUUGUUUUUUCUCUCGUUAUCUGCUAUUACUUUGAGCUCAUUGGCAGCUCCUGCUGAUAGAGAUUUCGGACGACUCUCACAACGAGAUAUUCCACAGUUUCUAGAGGAAACAGCAAAAACCGCGAAAUUAUUUGGUCAAAAGGCAAUAAAGUAUCUAAUCCCAAAUACUCAAAAAUCUGGAAUAGCCGUAUUAAAGCCGUUUUUGAGAAAACGCAGCACCAAGCGAUCUGCUCUGCCACAUAAACAGUCCGCCAUUUACCCUAUGCCAGCUAACAACUUAUACAAUGCGAAUGUAAGAUCAGUCAUUGGUUAUCCUGUAGCCAAUGGAAAUAAUUACGCAAAUUCUUACAACUGGAACAUGAAUCAAUAUAAUAACGGGAAUACAGCUUUCCAGCGGUCCGUUAUCCCAGGUUUUACGCCUCAACAAUACCAACAGUGGUCACAAUAUGCUAGCAUCAAUAAUGAGAAGAGGACGUUAGAUGACAAAAAGGAUAAGGUCAGUAGCGAGGCUGAUACAAAAGCGAGUCUGAAGGAUUUUCAUGACUUGGUGACGGGCGUCGACUCAGCCUUGUUGUCGUACACAGAUCAAGGUGUGGCUCUAAAUGAAAAGCUAAAGGGGCCUAACGCUGGUUCUAAGAAAAGGGAGAAGAUAGAAGACGCAAAAAAGUAA